GGAAGAAGAUCGAAUGCACUUCUUCCGCUUCCGGUCCGUGCCCUUGGAGCUCCGAGUCCUGUAGGUUUCGCCGGGGCUGCGUCCUGGAACAUGGCGGCUGCAGCGGCCAGGGGCUGGUUGCGGGGCAUCCCGGGGGCCGCGGCGCUGAGCAGGGUGGUCGGACGACCCUCGGCACAGUUGCUGCAGCUGAGGAAGGAGAGCGCCGCGGCCGACACGCGCCCCACUGUCAGACUACGGGAUGAUGUAACCCACAAGCAACUCUCAGCUUUUGGAGAGUAUGUGGCUGAAAUCCUGCCCAAAUAUGUCCAACAAGUUCAGGUGACAUGCUUCAGUGAGUUGGAGAUCUGUAUCCAUCCAGAUGGAGUCAUCCCAGUGUUGACUUUCCUCCGCGAUCACACCAAUGCACAGUUCAAAUCCUUGGCUGACUUGACAGCAGUUGACAUCCCCACCCGGCAGAAUCGUUUUGAGAUUGUUUACAACCUGCUCUCUCUGCGCUACAACUCUCGCAUCCGUGUGAAGACCUAUACGGACGAGCUGACACCCAUUGACUCCACAGUCCCUGUGUACAAGGCAGCCAACUGGUAUGAGAGGGAGAUCUGGGACAUGUUUGGAGUCUUCUUUGCUAACCAUCCUGAUCUGAGGAGGAUCCUGACAGACUAUGGCUUUGAGGGGCAUCCUUUCAGAAAAGACUUCCCCUUGUCUGGCUAUGUUGAGUUACGCUAUGAUGAUGAAGUGAAGCGGGUGGUGGCUGAGCCAGUGGAGUUGGCCCAAGAGUUCCGCAAGUUUGACCUGAACAGCCCAUGGGAGGCUUUCCCUGCCUACCGGCAGCCCCCUGAAAACCUCAAGCUUGAAGCUGGAGAGAAAACAGAAACCAAGUAGCUUCAGAGAAGGCAUGUAACUCCUGGGAAGCACCUUUUCUAUAACUGAGUGUCCAUGUAAAUAAAAUUCUUACACUCAGUA